GGAUCGACCAAUGUGGUUUACCAAGCCCAUCACGUCAGCAGGAGCAAGAGAGGACAAGUCGUCGGUACCAGGGGUGGAUUUCGAGGCUGCACUGUUUGGCUAACAGGCCUUUCCGGAGCUGGCAAGACAACCAUUGGCUUCGCUCUGGAAGAGUACUUGGUCUCUCAUGGCAUCCCUUGCUACUCCCUGGAUGGUGACAACGUUCGACACGGCUUGAAUAAGAACCUGGGCUUCUCGGCCGGGGACCGCGAGGAGAACAUCCGGCGCAUCGCGGAGGUGGCCCGGCUGUUUGCCGACGCCGGCCUCGUCUGCAUAACGAGCUUCAUCUCUCCUUUCGCAAAGGAUCGUCAAAAUGCACGGAAAAUUCAUGAGGCAGCUGGACUUCCUUUCUUUGAAAUUUUUGUAGAUGCUCCUCUCAAUAUUUGUGAGAGCAGAGACGUGAAGGGGCUGUACAAAAAGGCAAGAGCUGGAGAGAUCAAAGGGUUCACGGGGAUUGACUCCGAGUAUGAGAAGCCUGAAUCUCCUGAACUGGUGUUGAAAACGAACGUUGCGUCUGUGUCUGAAUGCAUUCAGCAGGUGGUGGAGCUCCUCCAGGCACAAAACAUCGUGCCCCACGGCUCGAUUAAGGAUGUUAUCGAGCUCUUUGUACCUGAAAAUAAACUCAGCAGUGUCCGGGCGGAAGCGGAGAUGCUGCCGUCCGUAGAGAUCACCAAGCUGGAUCUGCAGUGGGUGCAGGUGCUGAGCGAAGGCUGGGCCACUCCGCUGACCGGCUUCAUGCGCGAGGCAGAGUACUUGCAAGUGAUCCAUUUUGGCACCCUGCUCAAUGGUACGAACCCCCACGGCGCCUGCGCGGAGAAGCUCAGCGCUUGGCCCCGCUCUCCUCCUUCCCUCCUGGGGCUCCUAAAGGCCACGGGUGCCAAGGGGCAGAAGGUGUCGGUGCCCUCCGUGCCGCGCCCGCGGCUCUGGCUCGCACCGGCUCGCGUGGUGCCCGUCAAACAUUUCGGGGGCCGCUGUGUGUCUCUUUCCACACUUGGUUAUAGCAGG